UUCGGUUCGUGGUGAGAGCCUCGGGGCGGGAUGCCCGGGAGGUGACUCUCUUGCAGCCGGAGGCAGCGCUUGCGAGGCGGCACCGGGCGUCGGGCCGCGGCGGCUUCUGCUAAACUUUGCCGUCUGGAGCGCGCGAGGGCGGCGGCGGCGCCUCUCCUCCUCCUCCUCCUCCCGCCGGCAUGGAGAGGUACGAGGAAGGCUUGGGGAAAGCCAGUAAGUUGAUGGCGGAGCUGGCGCUCUACGACGAGGGGCUCGGCCGCCGCAGGAGAGACCACCAGCCGCCGUCGGAGCUGGACGGGCGGGCCAAGAAGCAGCUGAACGGCGGCGGCGGCUGCACCACGCUGGGCCCGCCGCCGCCGUACCCGUCGGCAGAGGCUCCUCAGUCGUCGUGCCUCCCGCUGCGCUCCCUCAACGGCGGCGCCGAGGACGGCUCGUGUCCGCGCUCCGAAGUAGCGCUGCCUUGCUACAAGCGCUACUCGGCCGAAGGCUACCCGCGCGGCAAAGGAGGCGGCGGCGGGGGAGCCAGCCCGCGGGCCUCGACGUGCUACGGUGGCGGCGGCCCGUUGGCCAGCCCGCGGGGCAGCUUGGUAGCCGGGGCCGUCGAGGCGUCUUCGGCGCUGAGCCCGCGCUCCAGCUACGCCAGCACGGCCAGCGACACGAGCAAGCACUCCAGCCCGCGCGCCAGCCUGACCAGUUCUUCCGACGGCGGCGGGGGUGGCAGCGGGAGUAAGCCGAGCAGCAACCGCACCAGCGGCAUCAGCAUGGGCUACGACCAGCGGCACAUCAGCCCGCGCUCCUCCUUGGCCGGCGCCGUCGAGCUGGAGGUGGCAGCCUCAGCGGCUGGGCGCCACGGAUCCGGGCCGGCUACAGCGGCGGCCAUGGCGUCGGGGGCCAUCGCGGCGGCUCUGGCCAGCCCGCGCUCCAGCAUCUCCAGCCACAGCUCGCGCAGCUCCCGGGGAUCGAUGGGCGCCUACCCGGAGUUCCAGCUGCCGUCGCCGCGGGCCUCGCUCCUGCCCGAGGAGGGCCUUCUGUUGCUGGCUGAGCAGGCGGCGGCGGAUGCCUACCCGAGGCUACACGCCCAGGCGCCGCCGGUUGCCCUCGGGGGCCCCGACGCCGCCGUCUCCUCGCUGUCCUACGGCUCGCCGGCCGCCAAAGGCGCGGCGGCCGUCUCUAAGUUCCGGCUCCCCUACCAGGUGACGCCGUCGAGGGAGAGCGGGCCCAGCCAGGUGGAGCGGAGGCUAGAGGCUCUCACGUUGGAGCUGGAGAAGGAGCUGGAGAUGCACAUGAAAAAGGAGUACUUCGGCAUUUGUAUCAAGUGCGGAAAGGGGAUAUACGGGGCCAGCCAGGCUUGCCAGGCCAUGGGGAACCUCUACCACACCAACUGCUUUACAUGCUGCUCUUGUGGAAGAAGAUUACGAGGGAAAGCCUUCUACAACGUCAAUGGAAAAGUCUACUGUGAAGAAGACUUCCUAUAUUCAGGUUUUCAGCAAACUGCAGACAAGUGCUUCAUUUGUGGACACCUCAUAAUGGAAAUGAUUUUGCAGGCCUUGGGGAAGUCCUACCAUCCUGGCUGUUUCCGCUGUGUGGUCUGCAAUGAAUGUCUAGAUGGCGUCCCAUUCACUGUAGAUGUGGAGAACAAUAUUUACUGUGUGAAAGACUAUCACACGGUUUUUGCACCAAAAUGUGCUUCCUGUAACCAGCCGAUUUUACCAGCACAGGGUUCCGAGGAGACCAUCCGGGUGGUGUCGAUGGACAGGGAUUACCACGUGGAGUGUUACCAUUGUGAGGACUGUGGACUCCAGCUCAAUGACGAAGAAGGCCGCCGUUGUUAUCCUUUAGAGGGGCACUUGCUUUGCCAUGGUUGUCACAUCAGGCGCCUCAGUAUGACAGUGCCACCCCACCCUCCCCCUGGAUACCCAAUGCACAUUACUGAACUCUGAGGUGUUUUGCGCCCCAUCAAAUUGCAACCAGGAGGGAGGCCGUUGUUGGUGGGAGAAGAUUUCCACAGAUGACUUGUCAGUUCUUCUUUUAAGAGACAAAGCAGCCAAGUUUAUUUAUUGCUUCUGAGACUGAAAAGAGAGGUGCGCCUCUCAGAGUGUGUGCCUAAAUAAUUCCUCCCAAGACACUGGGUACUUGAAAAAUGAUGCACCACGUGGAUGUAACUGUAAAAGUGCAGCGAGAAGUGUUGUUUUCUGUGCUAUGCUAGGCAGGGCCAUCUGUUCGUCAUAGUUUUGUCCCAUUGUAGUUUGGGUCCCUGCAAGAAUCUUAACCGCUUGCAGCAGUGCUGCAGGAGAAAGCGGAUAAAUGCUACAUUUUUAUGCUGGGUCUCAUAGCAUCUUGGCUUGAGGCGUUUUGAGAAAUGACCUCACAUUAUGAGGGUCUGGGUGGUUGUUGCAGGAGAGGAUUGGGUUUUGUUUUGUUUUUUUAGUCAUGGUCAGAUUUAAACAUGACUUAAGAGAAAGAAGUUUUUCUGUGGGGGAGAAAUUCAUUGUCUUACUUAGCCCUUGGUGCUUUCAUACAGUGCUAACAAGAGAGAUGUGGAAGAAGCUCUUUGUAGAAUAUUAUAUGAACUGAACCCACUGAGGAAUCAUCGAUGCAACAAGCAUUUUUGCAGGGGGUUUCUUAGAUGUUUGGGAUCUCUUGUGUGAGAGUUCUGGUGCCCAUUAUUUUACCAGUUUAGGGAUGCAGGCCGGAUCCAGUUACAACAUAGUCCAAGAUUGCAGGGCAGGUUGAGACCUCAUAGCCUCCUUGAGCUGGCAGGCAACUAUAUAGUUAUGGGCAUAGUUGCUUAUAAUAGUACUAUUGGUGUGCUGGCAGGGACUAAUGGGAGUUGUAGUCUAAAACGUCUGGGAGGAAGGCUGGUGUGAUGGGAUGCAGAAACCUGAAAGGCUGUCUAAGAGCUGAGAUGUUCCCGCCCUGCCUUGUGAUUCUCCCUUGCUCAUUCGAGCCUAAUAAGAGGCAACCAAGGAAUGAGAGUCUCCUGUUUUAACAUGUCUUUCCUCACAGUGACUUGGCCCUGGCACUCUGGACAUCACUGCCUGCUUACUAGUGGCAGAUAAACAGCCACUAGGGGUGGCUUCCCAGGUCCUCAAAUUCUGGUGUGUGUUUUUUGUUUUUGUUUUGGUCAGUCUCUUAGGCUUUUACACCAGUUUCAGCUAAUAACUUCAGUCCUCCUGACUAUGCAAAAUUCUACUUGUUUUGCAAUUGUACUAGAUUAUAUGUU